AUGUCAUUCUCUUCUACAGCUGCCGUCUUUUCUCAUAACGCUUUCCUUAACCCGGGCCCUGCCCCAGCACCUCCUAACGCCAGACCUAACGCUAAUUCUGGAUCUUCAAAUAACAAUGCCCAAGGUUCUGCUUCUCAACACCUCUCUGGUAUCCAUUCAAAGCAACAAGGAGCUACGUCAUCAACUUCCUCGACCUCAUCAAACUCCUCUGCUUCUUCAGCGUCUUCAUCUGCAUCUUCAUCAGCGUCUUCUAUGUCAUCUUUCCCGGAUUCUCCUCUUUCCAUUGGUAAUCCUAUUUUAAUGACUAGCACUUCUCCAUACCACCAUCUUCAUAAUAAGAUUCGAACAUCAAAUGAUUCUUCUGCAACAUUGUCAUCUCAGCAACAACAGCAACAGCAACAACAACAACAACAGCAACAACAACAGCAACAGCAACAGCAACAACAUUCAUCAUCAUAUUCUUCUUCUUCUACUCUUUACUCUCAUUCUCCUUCAGGUUCAGACUCUUCUACACAUUCAACAACUUCAGCAAUUUCUGCUCACUCUACAGCAUCUAUAUCUACAACCUCUUCAAAUGGAUUCAGUUCUAAUUCUAUGCGUGUUUACAAUGCUUCUGUCGAUUCCGAUUCAACCCCUACAGCAUCUACAAAUAAUCUUGCUUACAAAAUCUCACCACAAGCAACUUCUUCUUCAUUUUCUACAGCAACUUCGUCAUCUUCUCCUCCUUCAAAGCAACCAAGAGAUGAAUUUACAAAGGGCCGUUCCAUCAAACAAGGUUGGGCUUCUGUUAAAGAAGAUGGUUCCUUGCGCUCUUUUAUGUGGACAAAGAAGUUUCUAGUUUUACGUGAUAAUUCUCUUGAGUUUUAUCGUAACGAGGUUUCGUUUUCAAGCUCAGCGUCACCAUCCCUCUCAAUUCCUCUUUAUUCGGUUUCAAAUGUGACACGCGUUGACCUUAAACCAUACUGCUUUGAAAUUAUCCGCUCCUCAUCAAACAAAUCUGUCUUUGUUUCCUGCAAAAAUGACCCUGAGCUUUAUUCUUGGAUUGAUGAAAUUUACAACAAAUGCCCCCGCUCAGGAGUUUCAUCUCCCACAAAUUUUACUCAUAAAGUCCAUGUCGGAUUUGAUCCUAUUUCCCGUGACUUUACUGGCCUUCCAGAUGCUUGGUCAAAACUCUUGAGUGCAUCCGCAAUCACAAAGGAAGACUUUGCCAAAAACCCACAAGCUGUCAUUGAAGUCCUUGAGUUUUAUAGCGAACAGCAAAAGGAAGAACAAAAUGAUUUAUUGGCUGCUGAGGAAUUCCGUAAAAAGGCUCAACAAGCCCAGCGUGCCAUUCUUGAAGCUGCUGCUGCUGCUGGCGAAAGACCAGCACUUCAAGCAACCCUCAGAAAGCAAAAGAGCUCAGCACAGCUCAAUGCUGGCCAGGGAAUGUACCCACCGCCUCCUCCUCAACCAUUUUACAAGAGCAUGUCCCACAGUACCAGCUCUUCUGCAUUAAAUGACAAGUUUCAAGAGUGGACAAAAACACCAACCUCUAAACCAUCCUUUUCCCAUCUCGCCUCCUCUGGUCCACAGUCCAAGACAUUGGACCACCCCGUCAUUUCCCACCCGAAACCAUUACUCAAUGUCGCAACAACCAAUAGUAAUAAUAACACACCCAACACCACUACAUCUGCUGCUGCUGCUGCCGCUGCUGCCAUUGCAUCCUCCUCAUCUUCCUCUUCUAUUAAUGCACAGAACACAUCGUCCACUUCUCGCAUUAACAACACAUCCCAUUUGGCUCAUAUUGCCCCUCUGCGCCAGGCGCCUCGCGCACCACAGCGCCCGGCUCCUCCGCCUCCAUCGCAAAGCCCCAUUACACCGAUCCAGCAGCAACAAGACUUGCCCAAAAUGGCCAAGCUCAAUAUUUCUGCUCCUCAGCAUGAUUACCACCCUAAUAAUGGUCGAUCACGCUUGGAUAGUGCUUCAGGCCCUAGUUCUUCUGCUGCUGCUGCUGCCGCUGCUUCUGGAUACAAUAAUAAGCCUCUCAAUAAUGAUCGUGAACGUCUGGAGCGUGAGUGUGAGCGUAUGGCUAAUAAUAACAAUAAUGCUCUGGGAGCAAAUAUUCACAAUAGCAAUGCCAAUUCAUCUUCUACAAGUCUUAAUAAGCAACCUCUUCAGGUUUACCCCAAUUUGGCUUCAAAGCCUUUGCACCACCCACAACCUCAGCUUGCUACUGCGGCCGCCAAGCUCGCCAAUUUGUCGUCCACAUCAUUAGCUUCCCCCUCUCCUUCUUCAUCUUCUUCUUCUCCUUCAGAGUCUGCUGCUUUGGAAAGAUAUGGUACUCCGGUCCAACCACUCAAUACAAAGCCUAAAGCUCUACAACAACACCAGAAUGUAGCCACACCUCCUCCUUCAAAUAACAAUUCCCCCACAUCCACUGCUCCUCCAGCACCAAAAUCUGCACCGGCACCAGCUCCACCAGCUAUUGAGGAGCCUUCGAAGAUUAGAAAACUUACUGCUCCAACAUCGUCUGCAUCAUCUACACCAACUACACCAGCUAAACAACCUCAGCAGCCUUUACAAGGUGUCUCCGCAAAUGGUGGAUCUGCAUCCUCUGCACGCGAUGCGGCUGCAGCUGCUCUUGAGGGAUCCACUCCCAUGAGCUCUGCUGCCAAGUCUCGUCUUCGUGAGGCUGAGAAGCGUAUUUCAACCAUGACUGAUGUUCAAAUUAUGGAAAAGCUGCGUUCGGUAGUUAGUCCAGCAGAUCCUGAAACCAUUUACCAGCGACUUAAGAAGAUUGGCCAAGGCGCUUCUGGAUCAGUUUAUCUUGCUCAGCCAAUCAAGGGCAGUAUGCUUUCUUACCAUCGUGUUGCUAUUAAACAGAUUGAUUUACUACUACAGCCCCGUAAGGAGCUCAUUGUUAAUGAAAUCACUGUAAUGAAGGAGAGCCAGCAUCCUAACAUUGUCAACUUUUUGGAGGCUUACUUGCGCCAUGAAAAUGAGCUUUGGGUUGUUAUGGAGUAUAUGGAAGGUGGAUCUCUUACCGAUAUUAUUGAAAACAACCAGCUGAAUGAGGCUCAAAUUGCCACAAUUUGCUAUGAAACAUGCAAGGGUCUGCAGCACCUGCACCAUAAGAAUAUCAUUCACCGUGACAUCAAGUCUGACAAUAUGCUGUUAGAUGCUCAAGGCCACGUGAAGAUUACGGACUUUGGCUUUUGUGCAAAGCUUACGGAGCACAAGAAUAAGAGAGCAACUAUGGUGGGUACUCCUUACUGGAUGGCACCCGAGGUGGUUAAGCAAAAGGAAUAUGGUGCCAAGGUGGAUGUAUGGUCACUUGGUAUCAUGGCCAUUGAAAUGAUUGAGUCGGAACCUCCAUACCUUAACGAGGAACCUCUUAAGGCUCUUUAUUUGAUUGCCACAAAUGGUACACCACAGCUCAAACAUCCCCAGCAGCUGUCGCGUGAAAUCAAGUCCUUUUUGAGUGUGUGUUUGUGUGUUAAUGUUACAUACCGUGCCUCUACAGAUGAGUUGGUGGAGCAUCCAUUUUUGAAGAAGGGUUGUCCGCGCGAGCAGCUUGCAAGUCUUUUGACUUACAAGAACAAUCAAAGACAUUGA